AUGGGCCGAGUGAUCAAGAUGGUUCACAUAUCCAACGAGGAUGCUGAUGAACUAAUGAAGAUUGAAGAUGUCUAUGGUGAAAAGAGAAAGGAGGAUAGCGAGAAGCACAUGAACGAAAUGCCUCAUUUCAAUGGUCCGCCACCCUUCCGCGGACGUGGUGGAGGAGCGCCAACAUUCUUCCCAGCUCCUGUACGAGGUGCAAUGGGACCAUCGUUUGGACGUGGUGGACCACAUGGUCCUCCUCCAAUGAUGGGAAUGGGAGGUCCUGGAUAUCGCGGAAGAGGUGGCAUGGGUCGUGGAAUGCCUUAUGAUUACGGUAGAGGAAGAGGACGAGGAGCAUUUCCUGGACGUGGUGGUAUGCGAGGAAGGGAUGACAAGCCGUUCAUGCGUUCUGGUAGAGACAUAAUGGAAAAUGGACAUGGUGAAGAAAACAGAGAGAAUCAUCAGAUGGAGAAAUCAAACACAGCUCCAGUAGCACCACGCAGCCCUGAGCCGCAGCCAGUAGCAGCCACUGAUGAUCUGGUUGCUUCAUUGGGUCCAAAGGGUACGGUAGUGUCCUGCUGUGGAUUCCCAUCUGAUGUGACCUUGGAAGAUGUGCUGGGAUUUUUCCAAGGUUAUACAGCCGAUCAAAAUUCUGUACGAAUUCGAAUGGGUGAUGAUGGUGUGCCAACUGGAGAGUGCAUGCUGGCAAUAGAUACUGCUGAGGUACAGAAAUUCUUUGUCUUUUGGCGAAUUUCAUGGGUAUAAAA